AAAAGCACUGUCAUAUAUAUCUUGGGAAAUUCCGAAGCUAGCAAAUUGUGGUGAAACAAACAUCACGUGGAAGUGAAGGACUGUGUUCUCUGCAUAAUUAAGGAGGAACAGAACAGAAAAGGAAAGUGCCAGCUUCGAUUCAAUGCAACUGUUUGAACUCUGAACUCUGAAUCUGCAGAUUGUAACUGUCAAAUGAAAUCAGAAUGCCAAGCUGUGCCGUCAAAGGAGGUUGCCCCACUGACUAUAUAGCCAUUGCUCUAUCCAUUCUUUCCUUCACUGUGCUUGUUUUAUGGUGCAUAGUUCCCUUCAUAGUUCACAAGGUUCCUCGUACCAAAGGCAGUGGCUUCUGGAUACCUGUAAUUCAAGUUGUUGCCAGCUUCUUCCUUCUUCUAUCUCUCGUGAUAUCGAAUAAUUUUUUGAAACUUGGGGAGAGGCAUUGGUUGCGGUCAUGCUACUUAUGGGGAGCCUGGGGUGAAGGUCCACUAGGAUUUGGUUUGCUCUUCAGCUGUCGCAUAACACAGGCUUCGCAAUUAUAUUUUAUCUUUGUCAAGAGACGUUUACCACUGAUACGAUCAUAUAUUUUUCUUCCACUAAUUCUACUUCCCUGGAUUGCCUGUGCUGCUGUUAUCCAUUGGAUGCAGCCUCUAAGCAGUCGCUGUCACAUGAGAGCUCAAUGGACCAUCCCAGUUAUAACCCUUCACUCAUUGUAAAUUGCUAUUUUGGUUGGGGUUACAACUGCUGUUCAUCACAUAGAAUUCAGGUUUGAUGAACUCAAAGACCUCUGGCGGGGAAUACUCGUAUCAACUGUGUCCAUUGUUAUUUGGAUUACUGCUUACAUACUUAAUGAAGUUUAUGACAAUAUCUCAUGGCUUGAAGUUGCGUCUAGAUUUCUGCUUUUAGUUGUGGCUAGCAUACUUGUGGUUGCUUUCUUUUCAAUAUCAAGUUCUCAACCACUUCUCUCACAAAUCAGCUUGAGGAGAAGAGAAACCCGAGAAUUUCGCACAAUGAGCCAGGCUCUGGGCAUACCUGAUAGUGGGGUAUUAGCACAAAGUGAACCAAUUUCAAGGAUAGAUCCUAAUGAGCCGUUGGAUAAGCUUCUCUUGAAUAAGAGAUUCCGGCAGUCUUUUAUGGCAUUUGCUGAUAGUUGCUUGGCUGGGGAGAGUGUGCACUUCUUUGAUGAAGUGUAUGAGCUUAGUAAAAUACCUGAAGAUGACUGUGUGAGAAGGAUCUAUAUGGCACGACAUAUUAUUCAGAAAUACAUAGUUGCAGGUGCGGCUAUGGAGGUGAAUAUCUCUCAUAGAAGCAAACAAGAAAUUUUAUCUACUUCCAACCUAGCGCGCCCUGAUCUCUUCCAAAAUGCACUCAACGAGAUCAUUCAGUUGAUGAGAACAAACCUAGCCCGAGAUUACUGGUCAUCGAUGUUCUUCCUGAAGUUCCAAGAAGACUCCAAUUUGAGAUCCAAUGAGUAUGAGCUGGAACAAAUGACAGGGUGGAACUUUUCCCCAAGGUUGAGUUCUGUGCAUGGUGCAGAUGAUCCUUUUCACCAGGACCAUCUCCUCAAGAGCUCAGGCUGUAGCAGUGAUACUACUGACUUAUGACUUGUUAGUUUUUACCUCUUAUUUACACAAUUUCUCUAGUUUGGUAAUACCUUGCCUAACUAGCUUCACUUUUACAACAAAAAAAAA